UUGAACGGUUCGUCCGUCAGAGAAAUGAUGUGAGAAGAGGAGGAGGCUUGCGGUUUCUGUAGCAAGCAUGCGGCUUUGUUAGAUUCGGUGGAUUUUGUACACCGGCUUUACAUGCAAUGUAUUUGUGCUACAUGGAAUUCGUUUUUCCCAUUUGUGUUUUCUACCGGAUACAUUCUUAUAGCUUGGAAUCGAGUGUUUUCCUGUGCGGCUCGGUUCAUUGGUAAACUAGCGGUUGCAUCAGUUGACUGUCAAUCAAGUCUCGGCUCUCUGCACCUGGUAUUAAUUUUAAUUUGCCGGUGAAUGUUUGUUGACAUUGAGUUUUGGAUCCUUUUCGUUUAGCUUUUGGUAUUUCAAUAACCGAGAGUUUAUUGUGCAGCCUUAUUGACAAGGUAAGAUUGUAACCGUAACUCAGGCUACAGUACCCCUAGUUACAUUAAUAGCGGACUGUAUCCCCGGAAAAUCACAUCUUGACAGCGCAAGGAGGAACUAGCCUACAAGUACACUGGCCUCUCAAUUACUGUAUCAGUGAUUGCCAAAGCGUUGUUUGACAGCUGUCUAGAUCAAAACAUUAACAGAUCGAACAUGUCGCUCAGCAGAAGUAUUGAAUGGGAACACUUUGAGGAACGGGACAAAACGCACCGUUCAUCACGGGCUAACGGCUCGGGAUCCCAGUCAGGCUCCAGAGGCAACGGUCUCGUGCCCAGCCCGGCGCACAGCGCGCACUGUAGCUUUUACCGAACGCGCACGCUCCAGUCGCUCACCUCCGAGAAGAAAGCCAAAAAAGUGCGGUUCUACCGAAAUGGGGACAAAUACUUCAAUGGUUUGGUGUAUGCCGUGUCCAACGACCGUUUUAGGUCCUUAGACGCCCUGCUUAUUGAGCUUACCCGGUCUCUCUCGGACAACGUAAACCUGCCUCAAGGUGUCCGGAGCAUCUACACGGUGGACGGCAGCAAGAAGAUCAGCAGUCUGGACGAGUUAGUGGAGGGUGAGAGCUACGUGUGUGCCUCCAACGAGCCCUACCGCCGAGUGGACUAUACCAAGAACGUUAACCCUAACUGGUCAGUGGGCAUCAAGGCCGGCCAGUCCCGCUCCCUGUCCUCCCUCAGCACCCUGGUAAAGGGCGAGCUGCAGCGUAGCGAGGCCAGCCUGGGCACCAGAGACUUCAUCAAGCCCAAGCUGGUGACGGUCAUCCGCAGCGGGGUCAAGCCCAGGAAGGCUGUGAGGAUCCUGCUGAAUAAGAAGACGGCCCACUCCUUCGAACAGGUGCUGACCGACAUCACGGACGCCAUCAAGCUGGACUCCGGGGCGGUCAAACGGCUCUACACACUGGAGGGAAAACAGACCACCUGUCUCCAGGACUUCUUCGGCGAGGACGACGUGUUCAUCGCGUGCGGCCCAGAGAAGUACCGCUACGCGCAGGAUGACUUCCUGUUGGAUCACAGUGGUAAGGAUUCUGAAUGCCGGGUGCUCAAGUCCUCAUACUCUGCUCGCUCGCCCACUCCAACGAGGGCUGCUGGGAGCAAGAGCCCUGGACUCUCACGCCGUAUCAAGUCCCCGGGCAUAGUAAGAAGACCAAUCCAUUACUCCACCAGUAGCCAGUCUCCUGUUAAAUCCCCAGUCAAUGGUGUCCCCAGCAGUACGAUCUCCACCCCCAAGUCCACCAAAUCCAACAGCUCCUCCCCCACCAGCCCCCGCAGUAUACACAGCUUCAAGAUUCCGCCACAUCACACGUCUGCCACCAAUGUGAACGGGUCUCCACACAGUCUGGAGUUGGCCUAUAACAUGAGUCCUGAGGUUAACGGCAACAGCUGUAGCUCUAUCACAACCGUCCUGGAUAAGUACAAGGUCGGCAAGGUCAUAGGAGACGGAAACUUUGCCGUGGUGAAAGACUGUGUAGAACGGUCCACUGGGAAGGAGUAUGCACUGAAGAUCAUUGACAAGGCCAAGUGCAGUGGAAAGGAGCACCUGAUAGAGAAUGAGGUGGCAGUGCUGAGGAGAGUCAAACAUCCCAACAUUAUCCAGCUGAUAGAUGAAGUGGACACACCCACUGAACUCUACCUGGUCAUGGAGCUGGUCAAGGGUGGUGACCUGUUUGAUGCCAUCACGUCCUCCACUAAGUACACAGAGAGAGAUGCCAGUGUCAUGGUAUUUAACCUGGCUGGAGCCCUGAAGUACCUCCACAGCAUGAACAUAGUACACAGAGACAUCAAGCCUGAGAACCUGCUGGUGUGUGAGUACCUUGACGGCACUAAGUCUCUGAAGCUGGGGGACUUUGGUCUGGCCACUGUGGUUGAGGGGCCCCUGCACACCGUGUGUGGAACCCCCACCUACGUGGCCCCUGAGAUCAUCGCUGAGGCUGGUUAUGGUCUGAAGGUGGAUAUCUGGGCAACUGGGGUCAUCACUUACAUCCUGCUGUGUGGCUUUCCUCCCUUCCGCAGUGAGGACAACCUACAAGAGGACCUGUUUGACCAGAUCCUGGUGGGACGACUGGACUUCCCUGCUCCCUACUGGGACAACGUCACGGACUCAGCCAAGGAGCUGAUUGGGCGGAUGCUGCAGGUGAACGUGGAGGCUCGCUACACAGCACAGGACAUCCUCUCUCAUCCCUGGGUCACGGAUGACAACAUGGAGAACAACAUGAAGAUGGAGGUGUCAGGUAAACUGAGGACACACUUCAACACAGCACCAAAGCCCAGCACAACCACAGCAGGAGUGUCGGUCAUCAUGAACACAGCUCUAGAUAAGAAGAUGAUCCAGCUGACUCGUCGCAGCCAGAGGCCCACAGCACCACCUCCGCCUGGGAAGAAAGUAGUCCCUCCUGCAGCCAUGCCAGUCAAGCAAGCCUCACCCAAUACCAAACACCAACACCCAACACCAGUCUCAACCAACACCAAGCUGGCAUCACCCACCAAGCCUGCCCUCCCAGAGGAGGAACCCAAGAGUCCUCAGACUGAUGUGCCUGUCCCUGUAUCCCCUCCCAUCUCUCCUUCAACACCUACCACACCCGUUACCUCUCCCUCUGUCCCUGUCUCUCCUUCCUCUCCUACCAAGCCUAACGUCUCUAUCUAUCCUACCUCCCCUACCAGGCCCAACAACUCUCCCUCUCCUUCCUCUCCUACUAAACCUGUUAUCUCUCCCUCUCCUUCCUCACCUACCAAACAUGAUAUCUCUCCCUCUUCAACUACCAAACCUGUUAUCGCUUCCUCUUCACCUACCAAACCUGUUAUCUCUCCCUCUUCACCUACCAAACCUGUUAUCGCGCCCUCUCCUUCCUCUCCCUCUCCCUCUCCACCUACCAAAACUGUUAUCGCGCCCUCUCCUUCCUCUCCCUCUCCCUCUCCACCUACCAAACCUGUUAUCGCUCCCUCUUCACCUACCAAACCUGUUAUCUCUCCCUCUUCACCUACCAAACCUGUUAUCGCUCCCUCUCCUUCCUCUCCCUCUUCACCUACCAAACCUGUUAUCUCUCCCUCUUCACCUACUAAAGCUGUUAUCUCUCCCUCUUCACCUACCAAACCUGUUAUCUCUCCCUCUCCUUCCUCUCCCUCUUCACCUACCAAACUCCAAAUGUCCCCAUCUCUUUCCUCUCCAACCAAGCUCCAUGUCUGUGCCUUCCCUGGGGCCUCUCAUAUGCCAGUUACUUGCCCCUCUGCCUCAUCACCUUCCAAACGCAAAGCCUCCCCCUCUCCUCCUGCCCCUCUCUCUCCCUCCUCUCCUCCCUCUCUUUUUACCUGCCCCUCUCCCUCUGACCCUCUGUCUCCCUCUGCCUUUCCCAGCCCUCCCUCACCCCUGACCUGCUCCUCUCCCUCCUCUCCCACCCCUCCAUCACCCCUGGUGGGCCUUGACGUUGAAGCUGCUGCUACUGCCAGAGAGCUGUGAGAAAGAAUGAUGGAUGAGAAGACUGGCUGCUGGACCAUGGUCUAAUUUGUACCUUUCCAGCCCCCUUACCUCCACGCGCCGUAUCCCCAGACCUAUGAUUUGCAUGUAGGAGGCUAGAUACAGAUAGAACCUCCAUCCCCAGUAACAGUAGAACAGCUGAUGUCCACUGCUGUAUUGUUCUAGGCUCCCAACCUACAGUACAAUCUCUGUAGAGAACCCAUCAUAUCCACGCUCCAAGAGGGAAGUUGAGGUGUUUUGUACAUUUUGGUUGAUUUUGUAUAUACAGUAUGUGUGUAUUUAUAUAUGAGCGAUAUGGAGAAAACAGAGCGAGGCCUGCCUAGUUAGGGUCUGUGUGGUUUCAGACAGGGUUUUCUGGAAUGACUUCUGAUCAUGUUUUAUUUAUUGUCUGUGGUUGGUUGGUAGACACACACAUGUUGAUUAUGGGUAGAAGUGUAUUAUUUGGCGUGCUUGUUGUCUGUUGUAAGAUAAACUGCUACUGUAGAUGUGUAUAUAGUAUUGUAUGACAGACACGAGGCACCAGAAUGAAAGUUGAAGGUUUGAGUUUGUUUUCUUCUCUUGCCUGUUUAUCAUUGGUCCGCUAUGGAGCCUGUAGUGUUUAACUGCUGAACACCAAAAGAGAGACGCAACAGAGUAGAAUAUGAACGUGUCAAUGAGGAGAGGUGUGCCUGUGAAAAUAGCUGCCAGAUCAGGGGUGUGUUCAGGGCGGCAGGUAGCCUAGCGUUUUGAGAGUUUUUGGCCAGUAACCGAAAGGUCACUGGUUCGAAUCCCCGAGCCAACUAGGUGAUAAAUCUGUCGAUGUGCUCUUGAGCAAGUCACUUAACCCUAAUUGCUCCUGUAAGGCGCUCUGGAUAAGAGCAUCUGCUAAAUGACUACAAUGUAAAUGUUCAUCAGGCACAAAACAGAAGAAAACAGACAAACAGGAAAGGUCUUCCUGGACAUGUCCUGUAAGAAACAUUUGCCCUCCGUUGCCAAACGUUUUUCAUUGUGUGCCCUAAUGAACCUGACCCAGUAGUUAGAUUCCUUUUCUGAAACCAGCUGACAGGAAACACUGGGAGCUCUAUCCCCUCAUAUACUCAUUUAUCAGUCCAGAUUUACCGGAUAAUAACGUGAGGCUGUUCCACUUUGCUGUUGUCUUUGUCUGUAAUGGUAAUGCACUUGUUUUAAAGUCCAUGUUUAAGUCUCAAAUCGCACCCUAUUCCCUAUAUAGUGCACUACUUUUGAGCAGGGCCCAUAGGGGUUGGGGAAUAGGGUACCAUUUGGGAUGCAGCCUGUAUCUCUUUACCUAGCCUACUGCAUGCAGUUGGUUAGAGUUUAACCCUUCGGAUAUUGAUAAUGGCUCCGAUGCACAGCACUACUACUCCAAGGGGCUUUAGUUGCAUGCCAUGUUCCUCCCUCUGCCUCCCCACAAAACAGGUCUCUCUCACACACACACACACACACACACACACACACACACACACGUCAAGCUGGUACUAUUGUACGUAUAGUAGCUGUUCUGUUGUGUUUAGUCAAACUACACUGUCAUCAUCAUAAUGCUUUUUUAUUGCAGUUUUAGUCUGGAUACUUGUAUGAAAAUUACAUUUCAAACAGGAAAAACACUCCUGUCAGCUUUGGCCAACAGUUUUAGUCUGGAUACUUGUAUAAAAAUUACAUUUCAAGCAGGAAAAACACUCCUGUCAGCUUUGGCCAACAGUUUUAGUUUGUGCAUUUUGUCACUGUGACUCCCUUUAUCAUUAUGUAUUAGCAGCACAUCGGAGAACUUCAAACGCAAUAAAAAGUAUUCAAAUCAGUGUUUAAAAAAAGUUA